UCUCUUCCGACGUUGGCCCACACACUGGCGCGAAAGCAAUCAGUUCAACAUGUUUCAAUUUAAUGUUUUUAGUCCGUUUUUGUUUUAAAUUUUUUGAUGAUUCUUUCUUAGAUUAAUUGCAGAGAUUAAAGAAUUCUACGUAACAAAACUCAACAAAGCUAAAUCAGUCAUGAGGUGCACAAUCCCUGAAAUAUCAUGGCACAACAGAGAUCCUGUAUUAAGUAUAGACAUUCAAAAGCAACGACCAGAUGAACCAUUCUAUCGACUGGCCUCAGGUGGCACAGACACUCAUGUGCUUAUUUGGCAUGUGAAAUCUAAUGAGGAUGGUACCACUACAGUAGAUUUCGCAUCAGACCUGGUACGGCAUCAGAAAGCUGUUAAUGCUGUGCGUUUCUCCCCGUGUGGUUCGUUUUUAGCAUCAGGCGAUGAUGAAUCAGCUAUUAUAAUCUGGAAAAAACGUCAGGAAUGUGAUGCACCAGAACUAAGUAGUACGACUGAUGCUGAAGCUAGCAAAGAGUCUUGGAUCGUUGUGAAAAUUCUUCGUGGUCAUCUGGAAGAUGUUUAUGAUUUGUGCUGGAGUCCUGAUUCAACAUCUUUAAUUUCUGGAUCAGUUGAUAACACAGCAAUCAUUUGGGAUGUUCAAAAAGGUUCAAGGUCUAUUCUUGAAGAUCACAAAGGAUUUGUGCAAGGUGUGACAUGGGAUCCCAAAAAUGAACUUCUUGCCACACUCAGUAGUGAUAGAAAGCUGCGAGUUUUUCACGCAAAUUCCAAGAAACUUGCUGCCAGGGUUGGAAAGGCUCCACUACCAGUUCCCAAAGAUCACAACCUACACGGCAAAAAAAUUAAUUUGUUCCAUGACGACACAAUUCAAACAUUCUUUAGACGUUUAACCUUUACUCCCGAUGGAGAGCUCCUUAUUGCUCCUGCAGGUGUGAUUGAACCGCAGGAGCCAGGGAAAAAGCCAAGUAGUACCACACUGGUUUUCUCCAGGCGGCUUCUCAGUCGCCCAGUUUGUUACUUACCCUCAUUGGAUCAGUAUUCUGUUUGUGUAAAAUGCUGUCCUGUACUUUUUGAGCUACGCAACCUAGAUGAAUCAACCAAACCCGAAACAAUGUUUGCACUGCCUUACCGGGUAAUUUUUGCAGUCGCCACUGCUAGUGCAGUUGUGUUGUAUGAUACUCAACAGCCCAUGCCUUUUGGAUAUGUUUCCAAUCUCCAUUAUACCAGACUCACAGAUCUUGCUUGGUCACCUAAAGGAGAUUUGCUGAUGGUGUCCUCUACAGAUGGAUAUUGUUCAAUAAUUACAUUUUCACCUGGUGAGUUGGGUGUACCAUAUGAACAAGAAGAAACUCCAUCAGACUCAAAGGCAGAAGUUCCUGCUGAUAGUACGAUUUCCAACAGUCAAGAAUCAGAUUAUGUCAAUGGUUUGGUUUCAACACAGACAGACAUGGUUGCCUGUAUUGACUUAUCAGGUGAUGAUGAUUUUGAAGGGAUUAAAAAGUUAGAAGAGGAGACUCCCGAAGAAAAGUCAAAAGCAGAAAAUGACUCUUCUGCCAUUGAACCAGAUGGUCCAAAAUUGCCAGAGGAAAAUUGCCCCAGCACCACCACAACCACCACAACCGCCACACCAAUUGUAACGUUGUGUGACUCACCUGACUCAAAGUCUAAUGUGUCUAGCAGCGACCCGUCAAAGACUUGUGGAGGCACUCCUACAACUAAUAUACCUAAUGUAGAGGAUGUUAUUACCCCAGGAAACUCUGGAAAGAAAGCAAGAAGGGUUCAACUAAUAACUCUUUCAAGUCCUAAAAGCAAGAAAAAAUUGCUCUGAAGUACCUAAAAGACAUACCUGAAUAUUUCUAAAUGUAUUAAUUUGAACUUGGUUAUAUUAACCUUAUUUGUAAAUUUUAUUUCAUUGUGGUCUUUCUCAAAUUCCUAAAUUUUUAUCAAGAAAAUAAGUAUGAUUUUAUCAUUGUGAUUUUGGUGAAAAGGGUUUCUAACAUUCAUAUUAGCUUAAAAUAAUUGCCUUCUUGUGAUAUGUCAACAAGUUUUUGUACCUAAUCAAUUCUAAUAAAAAUUUGAUAACUGGUGAAAAAUGGCAAUAGAUUAGAUACCGGUAACUCUUUGUUCCUGUGAUGAUGUGUGAAAGGCUAAUUAAAUCUUGUACAGUAGCGCA